UUGGCCGCGCCCCUGGGUGAUCCCUCAGGGCUCAAGUUGCAAGGGGGCGGGCCCCGGCCGGAGGUGGAGUCUCCCGCCAAUUCAAGCUUUAGCUAUAAAUUGAGCUCCCUAAGCCACCGCAGGCCAGAUGCCGCGGCAGGCCGCCUCGCGGUUGGUGGUCGGAGGAGGUGAAGGGCCCCCAGGGGCCUCGGGGCCCGCGGCCACCAUGCUCCGCUCCCUGCUGCUUCACUCUCUGAGGCUCUGCGCCCAGACCGCCUCGUGCCUCGUGCUCUUCCCGCGCUUCCUGGGCACGGCCUUCAUGCUCUGGCUUUUAGAUUUCCUGUGCAUCCGCAAGCAUUUCCUACGCCGUCGACAACCCGAGCACCCCGAGCCCGAGGCAGAGCUCAACAGCGAAGGCGAGGAGGUGCCCCCCGACGACCCGCCCAUCUGCGUAUCGGACGACAACCGUCUGUGUACCCUGGCCUCUCUCAAGGCCGUGUGGCAUGGCCAGAAGUUGGAUUUCUUCAAGCAGGCCUAUGAGGGUGGCCCAGCGCCCAACUCGGAGGUCGUCCGUCCUGACGGCUUCCAGAGCCAGCGCAUCCUUGACUAUGCCCAAGGGAGCCGCCCGCUCGUGCUCAAUUUUGGCAGCUGCACCUGACCACCGUUCAUGGCGCGAAUGAGCGCCUUCCAGCGCCUGGUCACCAAGUACCAGCGCGACGUCGACUUCCUCAUCAUCUACAUAGAGGAAGCCCACCCGUCCGACGGCUGGGUCACCACAGAUUCCCCCUACGUCAUCCCCCAGCACCGCAGCCUGGAGGACCGGGUGAGCGCAGCAAGAGUGCUGCAGCAAGGCGCACCUGGCUGCGCCCUGGUCCUGGACACGAUGGCCAACUCCAGCAGCUCCGCCUACGGUGCCUAUUUUGAGCGUCUCUACGUCGUCCAGAGCGGCACCAUCAUGUACCAGGGAGGCCGCGGCCCCGACGGGUACCAGGUGUCCGAGCUGCGCACUUGGUUGGAACGCUAUGAGGAGCAGUUGCAUGGCCCCGGGCCACAGAGAUUCUAAAUAACUGAGGGACACGUGGCUGAGCCUGGCGGGCUGGGUCUUCGGGCCUGGGAGGCCCAUACGCAAGCGCUCCAAAGGAGUCAAGGUUGUUGGGGUCCCCGUGACACAGACGCGCACACCCACAGAACUCAGGCUGAGUCUGGCGCUCAGCUACCUAGAGACUUUCACCCUGGAGACUGUGCUCUAGUGACUCCCUUUUGUACCUUUCUGGCUUGCUCUCAGGAGCGUUACUGUGGCUGGAACUGGCAGCUUUGUCCCUGCUGGACUUCCUGACACCUGCUCCCAGCGCUCCUUCAGCAAAGUGCGAUGGUCCCCAGCAUCCCACAGCUCAGACUUGUUGACCACGCCCGCGCGCCCUAGGCGCAGCUGGGUUCCAGCAGCGCCACAGGCUCUAGCUAGUUGCCUGGCACCCACCUGUCGCGCGAGCGCGCGCGCGCAGGGAGUCCUGCUGCUUUUGUGUUUAUUUCUUAUCCCUGGGUUGGGGGAGGGGCUCGGGAUAGGGCAGGGUGGGCAGGGUACUUUCCCUCUCUAGCUUUGGGAGCGCUGGAGCUUGGCUGCUGAUGACGAGCCGUCUCUAACUGGGCUUGACCACGGGUCGGCUCUGAACUGCAGGAGGGCUGGAAACAGCACCUGAAGUAAGAGGGGAAGAGUGCGCUGGGUCCCACGGGGAACCGUCAAAGACGGGGUAGAAGAGGGACAUGGUAAGGGUUGGGUUUGGGGAGCAAAGGACUUGGCUUGGGCCAAGAAGCAGGGCCCCAGAGGGAGGCUAGGACUUCUUGGAGAAGUGAGAUGAGUUCAAAGACACGGAGAUGGGGAAGAGCCUGGAAGUCCCGGGCAGAGAGCGCACGGGUUGUGGGGCGGGGUGAAGACAAGUCAGUGACUCUGGUGUUGGAAACAUUCCUUGUGUAUAGACGUUUAAGCUUCAGUAUUAAAGACUUGAAGGG